AUGGCCGCGCUCCGAGCUCGCCCGCAAGGGAUCCAAACUGUCUAUGGAGGGCUCUUCUACGGGCGAUAUGGCACGUUGACGCACAGAGCAGCAGAAGAAGCGCAUGCAGUGCUGGAAGAAGGUCACAAGUCAUGCGCCGUCAGCUCAGGGAGAGCAGCCAUGGUCUGUGUCUUGAUGGGGCUGCUGAGGAAAGGAGAUGUAGUGCUGUACUCGUCUGAUAUCACCCCUGCUCUCAAGAGUUUCUUGUGCGUCGAGAUGAAGAGGUUGGGAGUGACGAGCGUCUCGUUCCAAGCUUCCUCCUCCCGAGACGCCCUGCUAAGUCAGCAUGGGCCGGACCUCGAUCGCGCUCGCAUGGUGUUGGUUGAGACUUUUUCGCCCUCCUCCCCAGCACUCGCAGACGUCCCCAUGCUGGCAGAGCUCUGCCGCCAACGUCAGUCGCUCCUGGUGGUGGACAACACGUGGGCCUUUGGCUGGGCUCUGCAGCCGCUGAAGGAGGGGGCGGACGUCUCUGUCGCGUCUCUCGGCCCCCUGGCUGGCGAUCAGGAGUGGGACCUUGGGAUGGUGACCAGCAGGAGGGAGCUCUGGCCAAGGAUAGUGAGCUCUUGCAAGCGCCUCGGCCUCGUUGCCUCCCCUGAGCAGACGUACCAGACGCUGCGGGGGCUGCGGACGCUUCCGCUGCGCAUGCGGCAGCAGGAUCAGACGACGAGAGCAGUGGUGGAGUGGAUGAUGGGGGUGGAGCAGGUGAGUCGGGUGUUUCAUCCCAUGCUGGAGGGAGGAGCGGCAGAGAAGGGAUUCACAGGCUUCCCACCGAUCCUUAGCUUCUGCCUCUCCAGCGAGAACUCGGAGGAAGAACAGGUCGAGGCUCUGGUGGAGAGUCUCAAGAGGUUCAGGCUGGGAUGGGACGGCAGCGUCGGAGGAGAGCUCUCUUUGGUAUGGCCUGUUGGCCUCGUGUCGGACUGGAGGAGGGAGCAGAACUUCAGGAGGCCGGAUGAGUCCGGUGAACGGGGAAGGAUUCUCUUGUACAUCGGGCUGGAGGAAGCAGGCGAUCUGAUAGAGGAUUUGAGGAGAGCCUUUGAAUGUUUGCAAGAGAUACAGGAUGGUAGGACAUGA